AUGGCGUUCACAAUCUGCUAUGCCGGCUUUCGAAGUGGCUUCUUCACCAUAGAUCACAUCCACACGGUGAAGCAGUUGAUAGAGAAGUGUCACGAGUACAACCGACCCCUUGCCGUGACCUUCAUUGAUUAUGAAAAGGUCUUCGACAGUAUCGAACAUUGGGCCGUGUUCCACGCUCUCUAUCACUACGACCUAGACUCUCUCGUUGAAAACUUUAACGAUCUCCAGCGUACACUGCAACAACUGUAUGAUGCUUGUAUGUGGGUGGGCCUCAAGAUGAACAUGUCCAAAACUAAGGUUAUGGCGAACAUCUACAACGUCACAAAUCCAAGUGCCACAGUUGGAAGCGAGAUGUUGGAGAUUGUCGAUCUAAAGACCCGUCUAUAUAAUCAGUGUGUUCUGCCUACUAUGACAUGGACGCUCACGCAGGAGGCUGUGUAUAGGAUGAGAGUUGCACAGAGAACCAUGGAGCGUGUCAUGCUCGGUAUCAAGCUUAUAGACCGUGUUACCAAUGACCAGAUUCGAAGUCGAACUAAGGUAAAGGACGUAGGGAACCGCAUUACAAAGCUAAAUUGGAGCUGA